AUGUCGCAGCCCACAUACAGGUUGGCGGAAAGCAACCACAAUCCAGAUGAUGAGGACGGCAACUGCUUUGUGCCGACUGGGAGUCGAGCCUGGGUCGCGGCUGCGAGUUGA